AUGAAGAAAUCACCCCUCCUGGUAGUCGUUCUGUUGUUGGCAGGUUUGGUGCUGGUCACCUCGGCCUACAUCGUCGAGCAGUGGGAGCAGACCAUCAUCACCCGCUUCGGUGAGCCGGUGGGGCAGCCGGUGCAGGAGCCGGGGCUUUACUUCAAGGUGCCGUUCAUCGACACCGUGCAUCGCUUCGAUAAGCGCUUCUUGGAAUGGGACGGCAAAGUUACCGAGGCGCCGACCAAAGAGAAACAGCCAAUUCUGGUCGAUACCUAUGCCCGCUGGCGGAUCGUCGAUCCGCUGUUGUUCUACCAGCGUUUGAACAACGAGAUCGGUGCCCAGGCACGGCUCGAUGGCAUCCUCGACGGGCCGACCCGCGAUGCAGUAGCCCGCCACACCCUGGCCGAGCUGAUCCGCACCUCGGAUCGCGAGCCGGUGCUCGAUCCGACCCAGGAGGCCGACGAGUCGAGCACCCUGUCGCCGAUCAAGAUCGGCCGCGAGGCGAUCCGGCUGGAGAUCCUGACCAACGCGCAGAAGGCCUCCGAAGGGCUCGGCAUUGAGAUCCUCGAUGUUCAGUUCAAGCGCAUCAACUAUGUCGAAGCGGUGCGGCGCAGCGUCUUCGAACGGAUGAUCGCCGAACGCCGUCGGAUCGCCGAUCGCUACCGCUCAGAGGGCGAGGGCGAAGCCUCGCGGAUUCGCGGUGACAAGGAGCUCGAGCUCAAGCGGAUCACCUCGGAGGCCUACCGCCGGGCGCAGGAGAUCGUCGGUGCGGCCGACGCCAAAGCGAUAGAGAUCUACGCCAAGGCCUACGAUCAGUCGGCCGACGCGCGCUCGUUCUAUGUCUUCUUGAAGACCAUGGAAACCUACAGCACGACGAUCGACGAGGAAACCUGGCUGGUGAUGUCCACCGAAGCCGAUUUCUACCGCUAUCUGCAAAAGAGCCGCUAG